CAGCAGCCUUAUCACCAUCAGGGUAUACGAAGUAGUAGCGCGAUCGUGAGCAACGAGCGUCGCCGGUACGCUGAUCUGCGCGAUCGCUUCUCAGCACGUCGUCACGUUGCCGAGAAGUAUUACGAUUGCCUGCAGUGCGCCGAGCAGUGUCGUCACGUGGACAACAACCCCAGCAGCAGCGGCAACAACAACAUUUACAUUAACAACAACAACGGCAGCAGCAAAAACGAGAGCGGUGCUCUCGUCGUCAAUCGAAUUCGCAGUAGUCAUCGCCUGCCCGCGUCGAACAUAACGUUAUACGACAAAGAGAUGCCCAUGUCUCCGCUUGAAGAAGUCAGGAAGAUUCGGACCACCAGAAGUAACUUGAGCAAAACCCUGACCAAGUAUCAGUCCGUCGGUUAUCUUACGCCGGUCAAGAAAAGGUCUUCGCUGGCUCGACCAGUUCGCGUGCACGAUUCCUUCGUGCAGCCUAGAAGACCGAUGGCCGACGAGGAUCACAGUCAGGAUCCGCAGCGAGAGCAACAGGCGGGAUCGUACAAAAAUCCGUGGUGGUGGGAGCAUCGGGAUCAAGAGCCUAACACGUCGAGUUACGCCUAUCACCGGGACGCCGAGGAUGGAAGCGCCGGCUGGCCUAUUCGCCUGCGGCUCGAACAGAUGCUGGAGCUGACGUUACCCCAGACGAAGCGGAAGAAGAAAAAGAAGAAGAAGAAAAAGACGACGUCGGCGACGGCGACGAUGAUGCUGAUGAAGCAGCAGCAGCGCAGCAGACACGGCUUUAAGGACACCGAGAGGCUCCUCAAGGUACUCAGCAUUAAUAAUGUGGACCAAGAUAAUAGGUACAACGUCAAACGAUGUUCCGUCAUGUAGAGAUUAGGAAAAAAGAAAAAAAGGAAAAAGGAAAAAAAAAGACGUGUAACAGACUUCUUAGGGAAACACUGUAGAACUUUGAUCUGGAAUCCCGCUUUCGGGCAUUAAUCGCGGCCGAGUAAAGCAAGAAUUUAUUUCGCAGGAUUCGAAGCAUCUUCGAUGACUGUCGCGGCCUCGAUAACGCGUAAAGCGCUUUAGAGACAAAAUAUGUUUUUGUUUCGCAUUCUUCUCAGUCCUUCUCUCAGUUUAGAGAUAGAGAUCAUCUUCUAGCUGCGUAUCCGAUCCGUUACAUAUUUUGACAUUCAAUGUUUCCCUUAUAUUGCUUUGAUCAAACGUUUUCACUUUUAUAGGACGAAGUGGUCAGUGUCGCGAUUUAUUAAAAAAAAACUUAGUGAUGAAUGACUUGUCGUUAUUACCGUGUCACAUUUCGGUGUGUAAAAUACCGCGUCGUCGUUUCAUUUAAGUCGAAUGCACUUUAGGUCCGCAAACAUACAGUCGAGCGGAACUAAUUAAUCAUUUGUACCCGCAUCCGCGCGAAAGCGAACCAAAAGGUGUACGAUUGAAAAAAAAAGGAGAGAGAGAGGGAGAAAGUAAAACUAAUUUCAUUCCACUAAACUGCCUGGGAUCAUCGCGGAUGCUUAUAUCGCGAGCUCCUUCCAAGUUUUGCGACAGCACCACUCCGAAUUAUUUUUUAUAUCGAGAAACACUGGAGGUACUAUUUUGUCAGAUGAAAAUUAUUCACGAUGGCUUUGCGAAGGGAAGGAAAAACGGAUGAAGGAAGUGUAUCACAUUUAUGAUAUUUAAAGAAAUAAUUCUUAAAAAAGAAAAAAAGUAAAAUGUUUACUUUCUCUGUUGUUGCUUCAACUGUAUAAUUUAUUUUUAGAAAUUUGCUGAGUUACUUUCGCUAAUGUAAUACACCCCCUUCGUUCGCUUAGCUCUUCGAGUUGUCUCCUCAACAACAAUUGUCCAGAGAAGAGCAGCAAGUACCUACAACGUAUGUACACGCAUAAUCCAAGUGCCAUAUAGCGUCGCAACUGCAUUAAAGCCUAUAAAACCUAAGCAUUUGAAUGAACGUUCCAGUAUUAAGUAACAAACAAAAGCGUGUGAUUUGAUGUAUAAUUCGUGACGCGCGAUGAUUUGAGACGCACUCCCCCUCGUCGUAUCGUAGACAACCCACGUACAUAUAAUAUAUAAAGUGAUCCUCUGUCCGCGAACGAUCGUUACGAGGGAGAGAGAAAGAAGAGUGAGUUUACACAAGUACACUGCGCGUUAACAUCGUACGAUCGAUUGAAGAAUUCUACCGCGAUAAAAGCAAGCUAAUUUCGAUGAAAGUUUUUACACAAUCAUUAUGUUGAUUUCGAUCAUUAUUGUGCAAUUGUUGGAUGAAAGCUAGACAGUUUUAUAAAUUUCUGCAAACUCUUAUUGAAAUGACAAACUAUUUUCUCGUUAUUUCAGAUGUGUCAUUUGUAUUGGCAUUUUUAAAUUCUAAGAGAGAUUUCGGAGAAAUGAAACACGCGCAUUUAAAGAGCAUUUACGAAAACUUUGUCGGGUCUAACACGCGUGGAUUUGCAAAUUGAAGUAAGAUAAUCAUAGAUUUAGAUAUAUCGAGCAGGAUUAUUUUAUUAGACGAGAGAACUGUUGUUUUAUCAUACGUUGCAUUAUACUAUAUUCUCACGAGUGCCCUUCCUUCGUUGACGUAUAUCUAUCGAAUUAUUGACUAUAAUGUAGAGAUUUAAAGCUGUUUCAGCUACAACUCCCAGUAUUUUGUAAGAGUAUAUAUUAGGCGAGUUUAAAAGAGAGAGCGAGAGAAAGAGAGAUACAGAAUGCGAUCUAAUGUACGGCGUUCAGCAUGAUUGAGAUAGCAAUCGAUAUAAGACGACCGCCGAACAAACGCGAUAGUUAAUCAAAUCGCCAGUUUAUCGGUGAGUCACUGUAUGUGUGUAUCUUCCUUUUUUUAAAAUUAUGAUUUUAUUAAUGGGAGAGAAGGUUUGAUUCGAUCGGCGUGAGAAUGGUUGCGGAUCAAUAUCUGUAUCCAAUGUGAUGUAAUCCUCUAUGUUGGAUAUGUUAACGAGUCUAGUCUAUUUACAAGAGAACCUUUGCUAUACACCCGUGCAAAUAUAUUGUUUGGCCGGAAAAAUAGACUGCACGAAAAGUAUAUUAUCUAUAUAAAUAUAUAUAUCGUACAUGGAUCUCUUUGGUACUUUUCCUUCUUCUCUUUUCGUCCUUUUUAUCCCUUUCGUGAUAGUGUUUCUCUGAUUUUUUUAUCCUGGAGGUUGUAAUUUAAUGUUGAGAUAUUGAUUGAAAUUAAAAUUUAUUUGGAAUUACAAUUUUAUAGUUAACAAUCUUAUAAAUAGUAACGUCACAAUAGAUGACUAUGUAGAUUGAAUAUUUAGAUUAACUUUAUUUUAAAGCACUUAUUCUUUACAGAGUAAGCUUAUCUCUCGAAAAUAAUUGGGGAUUAAAAAUUAUCAUCACGGAUAA